GUAAAUGCAUCCCGCCAAGAAACCAAGCUGAUGGAAGAAUGUGACCAGCUCAUUGAAAUAAUCCAGCAAAGACGACAAAUAAUUGGAACCAAAAUCAAGGAAGGAAAGGUGGUGAGGUUGAGAAAACUGGCUCAGCAGAUUGCGAACUGCAAACAGUGCAUUGAGCGCUCGACAUCCCUCAUCUCUCAGGCUGAACAGUCGCUGAAGGAGAACGAUCAUGCUCGCUUCCUGCAAACUGCUAAAAAUAUCACUGAAAGGGUUUCCAUGGCAACUGCAUCCUCCCAGGUUCUAAUUCCUGAAAUUAAUCUCAAUGAUACUUUUGAUACUUUCGCACUUGAUUUUACCAGGGAGAAGAAAUUAUUGGAAUGCCUUGAUUACCUUACAGCUCCCAACCCACCCACCAUUCGAGAAGAGCUCUGUACAGCUUCUUAUGAUACUAUUACUGUCCACUGGACGUCAGAUGAUGAGUUCAGUGUGGUCUCUUAUGAGCUGCAGUACACCAUCUUCACCGGACAAGCUAAUGUUAUUAGUAAGUAUAAACCUUUUAUUUUCUAG